AUGUCGGGGAGGAAAAUACUUGAUUUAUGGGAGUUUGCGUACGCGGGCGCGGCGCUGCCAGGAUGCGGCGGGCCGCAGCACGCACUGCUGGGGAAGACGCGCCGGCCGCGCACCGCCUUCACGUCGCAGCAGCUGCUGGAGCUGGAGAAGCAGUUCCGCCAGAACAAGUACCUGUCCAGGCCCAAGCGCUUCGAGGUCGCGACCAACCUCAUGCUCACCGAGACGCAGGUGAAGAUCUGGUUCCAAAACCGGCGCAUGAAGUGGAAGCGCAGCAAGAAGGCGCAGCAGGAGGCAAAGCUGAAGGAAGAGUGC